CAUGUUGUUUAUGUCAGUCAGAGACGUUUGAUGGAGGAAGUGACAAAAGACACAAACAAACCUGUCGAGUUUGCCCAAAAGUGACAACUCCCGUAGCUUUUCAGAGACGUUAUGAAAAAUAGGAUUAUUGUCCCGACACAUAUGUUAACACAGGGGGUAAUAAACUCAUGGAGCUGCGCAACGGCACACAGGGGAGACUAGCGCGCCUCCGGCGGAGCUGCAAGCGAGCCAAGCCGCCCAGCGCACACAUGAGGCGGGAUGAAGGUAAAGUCCUGCGUCCGCUGCCUGUGCAGACCAACGAGGACGACGAGGAGCUCAUGGAGGAGGAGGACUGUUUCUCCACGGGCUUCCUCAAGCGUGACAGUCUCCAUCCCGCCGUGUUCCUGAAGACGCCCAGGUAUAGCUUGAUCCGGGAGGUGGGUCGCGGGAGCUACGGUGUGGUGUACGAGGCCGUCGCCCGCAGGUCCGGAGCCCGCGUGGCCGUGAAGAAGCUCCGCUGCGACGCGCCCGAGAAAGUGGAGCUGGCGCUGGCCGAGUUCUGGGCCCUGGCGAGCCUGGAGAAGAAGCACGAGAACGUGGUGCAGCUGGAGGAGUGCGUGCUGCAGAGAAACGGGAUGGCACAGAAAAUGAGCCACGGGAACAAACGAAACAAACAGUAUUUGAGAUUAGUUGAAACUUCACUCAAAGGUGAGCGUAUCUUGGGUUACCCAGAGGAACCGUGUUAUCUUUGGUUUGUUAUGGAGUUCUGCGAUGGCGGUGACCUCAACCAGUACAUCCUCUCGCGGCGGCCUGAUCCACGGACCAACCGUAGUUUCAUGAAGCAGAUGACCAGUGCUGUGGCCUUCCUCCAUAAGAACAACAUUGUUCACCGGGACCUCAAACCAGACAACAUUCUCAUCUCGCAGAAAUCCGGCGAUCCGGUCAUCAAGGUCGCCGAUUUCGGCCUCAGCAAGGUUUGUGCGGCACUCAGCUGCAUGGAGAGCGAAGGCGACAACCAGAUGAACAAAAACCUGGUGAACAUUAACAAAUUCUGGCUGUCGUCAGCAUGCGGCUCCGACUUCUACAUGGCUCCGGAGGUGUGGGAGGGACACUACACUGCCAAAGCUGACAUUUUUGCUCUCGGCAUCAUCAUUUGGGCCAUGAUCGAGCGGAUCACAUUCAUCGAUGCCGAGUCCAAGCGAGAGCUCCUCGGCACAUACGUCCGCCAGGGGACAGAGAUCGUCCCGGUGGGUGAGGCCCUGCUAGAGAACCCAAAGAUGGUCCUGAACAUCCCACAGAAGACGCGGAGCAUCAUGUCUGAAGGCGUCAGGCGGCUUCUGCAGGACAUGUUGGCAGUCAACCCGCAGGACCGACCCGACGCGUCUCAGUUGGAGGUUAGAAUGGACCAAGUCACAUGGGCGGCGUAAGCCAAACCCAUUGGCUGAAACGAGCAUGCACAUUUUUCAGGUUUGCCCAGCGAUGGAAAUGAAAAAGGGACAGCGGAUCCUUGAACUGAAUUUCGUUUCGUGACCGCUUCCAAAAAGCAGAAGUGAAAUCAAAUGACUUAAUAUUUCUAUUUAAAAGCCCUCACAAGGAAAUGCUAUGCAGUCUUCUUUAUUAACACGCUCAUUGUCUACUCCGGAUCCUCAUGCAAGUCUUCCAAACUGACCAUGCGUUUCCUGCUCCGAUCUCACCAGCAAUGUUUUCACGUUCCUCUCGUUCUCUGCUGUGACUGUGCUGAUGUUUCAGACCAGGUUUAUACACACACGUUGCACUAUGUCCUCAAACAAAUAUAUCCCGUCUGCACCUCUGUGAAAACCAGACAGUACAGAUGUAAAUAGUUAGAUGUUUGUGGUGAAUGCUCUAAAAUAUUCACAGGACAACAGAGAAGGAAGUUAUUAUAAAUCUCACAAACAUGAAGACAUACUGUGAAUGAUAUAAUGUGAAUGACUGGGUUCGUAGUGACCCGUCUCUCCUGUAGCUGUAAAUGCAUCUGGCCUGAACAACA